AUGACGACUCUGCAAUACAAAAUAGAGUUCGAAAAGGGAUUUUCUCAUGAUACCCAAAUAGAGGAAGAAACAGAAGGAGACUUAGGGCUGUCUUCAGAAGGAAAUGAUUAUCAGCAAGUUCUUAUUCUCAACAGAAACAACAAGGAAAGCGUCACAUUAGUCAAAGAUUGGACCGAUGAAGAGGAAAGAAAACUUCUUUGGAAGGUUGACUUGGUAGUUAUGCCUAUUCUUUGGUUGGGUUUUUUUGCACUACAAAUGGACAGAGGAAAUCUUGGUAAUGCAAAAACUAGUACUCUUUUAGAAGAUUUGCAUAUGACGCAAAAUCAAUUUAACGUUGGACUACAAAUAAUGAGUACCGGUAUAGUAGUCUUCGAGAUACCCAGUAACGUAAUAUUGCAAAAAAUAGGAGCAAGAUACUGGCUCAGCGCCCAAAUAUUUUUGUGGAGUAUAGUUGCAAUAUUUCAAUCUUUCUCAACAAAUCACUCUCAAUAUGUUGGAACCCGUCUCCUUUUAGGAGUGUUUGAAUCGGGUUACAUACCGGGUUCACUUUAUAUUAUUUCUGUCUGGUGGAAGAGAUCGGAACUAAGUCUUAGGCAUUCAAUCUUUUUUACAGGAAAUUUAGUUGCGACUGCUGUAUGUCCCUUGAUAAGCGCUGCUAUUUUGAGAGACCUUACAGGUGUGCGUGAUUGGUCUGGGUGGCGUUGGCUAUUUUCGAUAGAAGGUUUGGUAUCGUUUUUUAUAGCAAUUUUUUACUUCUUUACGAUACCCGAGUCACCUAACAAUCCGUCACCUUUCUGGUCUAAAAAAAUAAAAUACUUCAAUGAUAGAGAGAGACAUAUUUUAUCUACACGUAUCCUAUUAGAUGAUCCCAACAAAUUCAUUGCGACAAAAAAUAUACUGUUCAGUGAUAUUAAGGAAGCCUUUCUUGAAUGGAGAAUUUGGAUUCAUUGGACAAUUACUAUAAUUAAUACUCAGGCGACCACUGUAAUAUCAACUUAUACGCCAUCUCUUAUCCAAUCAUUUGGUUUUGAUGUUUUCAAAAGUAAUGCUUAUUCUUCCAUUGGAGGCUGGAUUUUGAUUGUGGCAGUUUUGAUUUUAUCUUAUAUAUCAGACAAAAAAGGACAUAGAGGUCUUUUAAUCCUUCUUAGCUGUAUAUGGCAAAGUGCAUUAUCAAUAGCUUUGAGGACAAUGCCACAUGAUUACCCAAAAAAUAAGAAGUUUGCAAUCAUUACACUCUACAACUGUUUUACCGUGCAACAUGUUUUGAAUACCAGUUGGUUGAGCAUAAAUAUCAAAUCACCUGUAACUCGGAACAUAGCCAUGGCCAUUAUAAUUAUGGGAGCCAAUACUGGUGGUAUUACCGGUGGACAGAUACUUCGUGGUGGCGAUGCUCCUUACUAUCCAAAAGGCUUCACUGCCCUCCUAGUUUGUCAGAUAAUAGUUACGAUCGUGGUUGCACUAAAUACCAUACAAUAUUAUUAUUCUAACAAGCAUCUAGAUAAUAAAAGUCAUUCUGGUAGAACAGAAAAGCACAUCGAAGAAGACGAUGUCGCGAUUACCAAUAGCAAUUGCAGCGAUCUUGGUCUUAUCAGGAAACGGGAGUUAAUAGUAGUAGGAAGAAAAAAGUUAGGAGAUGUUAUCGAUUUGAAUGAACUUAGCUUAAAGUAUCCCGAUUUCAGGAUCCGUGAUAUUGAUCUUGAGCAGAAAACUGUCGAAAAAAAAUUUAGAUACUCGCUAUGA